AUGGCGUCGAUGUUUUUGAUUACAAUAGCGAAGAGAAGCAAGAGAAGUAGAUUCGUUGAUAUUGCUGUUGCACUUGCGACAUUCUACGGCUUUUACGCUAUCGCCAUCGGGACAUGGAGGUUGUACUUCCACCCUCUGUCAAAAUUCCCAGGGCCACGAUUAGCCGCGUUGACAUUGUGGUACGAAUGCUACUUUGAUGUCUUCCAGGGCGGCCAGUAUUUUAAAGAAAUUGAGCGGCUACACUCGAUCUAUGGCCCCAUAGUGCGCAUCAGCCCCAGUGAGAUUCAUAUAAAAGAUCCAGAGUGGGUUACAGAGCUGUAUCCGCUUGGGAAUCGCAAGCGCAACAAAUAUGCCUGGUUCUUAUCUGAGGGAACGAACGCAACGAGUUCUGCCACGGUACAUCACGAUGUUCAUCGCCAGCGCCGCUCCGCUCUCGCACCAAGCUUCUCCAAACAGUCAGUCGUGUCCUUCGAGGAAACUGUGAUUCGUCCCAAUAUCUCUACUAUGUGUAGCCAACUAGACGCAUUUGCUAGAAAUGGUAACCCCGUCGUGUUAGGCACAGUUUUUUCAAGCCUAACCAUUGACUCGGUGCUUCAAAUGUGGUAUGGCGCACCUCCAGCUCAGACAAAUUCUUGGUCAUUUUUUCCUCGUUGGACAGAUGUUAUCCAGCCUCUUCUGACGGGUUCGCACUUCUUUCGGCAUUUUCCUAAAUCGUUCUACUUCCUAAUCUUAGUGCCAAAGUCGGUCUUAGAUAAAAUGGAAGGACUGUCUUUUAUUUUCGGGUUGCAAAAGGAAACUUCGGCCCUUGCCAAAGUCGCUAUGGAAUCCGAUCACUCCACAAAAGCUCCAUGUCUGAUACAGAAACUAAAAAGUAGCCCUCUGCCUGCAAACGAACGGUCCUUAUCCAGGCUAUCGAACGAAGGGUUCAGCUUCAUUAUGGCAAGCACAGAAAGCACCGCCCAAACCCUCUCUGCUAUAUUUUACCACCUCGCAGAUAAUCCGGAUGUUUUAGCUGAGCUUCGCAUUCAGAUUCGGUCGUUGUGUAAAGCCCGUGAGUGCACUGCGCAAGAAUUAUCAUGGACCGUUCUCGAACAGCUCUCGUAUCUUAGAUACAUCGUGAUGGAGUCUAUGAGAGUGACCUCGUCCGUAACUGGACGUCUAGCACGCAUUGCCCCGGACGAAACCCUUAAAUAUAAAGGGUGGGAGAUCCCGCCUGGCACUCCUGUUAGCAUGGACCAUCAUUUUACACACCUUGAUCCGACAAUUUUUCCAGAACCAAAGAAAUUCAAUCCCGAUAGGUGGAAAAUUGCCUCUGAAAGUGGAAACUCACUAGAUCGCUAUUUCUUACCUUUUGGCAGAGGAAGUCGGAUGUGUAUCGGGAUGAAUCUAGCAAAAGCCAUAAUUUACCGAACAAUUGCUACAGUUGUGCAAAAUUACGACUUUGAUUUGUUCGAGACCACACGAGACGAUGUUGAAAUUGUUCGUGAUAAUCUGAUAGGUGCCGUGAAGCCAGACUCACAGGGUGUCCGAGUUACGCUACGACAGAGAAUGAAGACUUGA